AUGGUAGCGCCUGAGGUCAAACGACAAACCCUGGAGAGAGUGCAAGCCUUCAUGCAGGUUUUGGAUGAGGCUCUGAACGACGAUGAUGUUGAGGGCACAGAUGUUAGCGACAGAAACCGCGUCUUGGAAGCAUUGGUCGACACGAUCAAGGACACGAUCAAGGCCCUCUUCCUUCCAAUCCGCGACCGGGCUCGGAAGUCAGCUAGCAUCGCCCAGCUUCUGCGUGAUAUCUCGAAGGUGCUGCGCUCAGAAAACGAAGAGGAGCGGCGUGGUCCUCCAGCUUACAAUAGCAGGAGGGCCCGGAGGAACAGUGUAUCUUCCUCUCCGGUCUCCGCCACUGAUACCACGGAUGAGAAUUCUACGGACCUAGUGGAGAGUAGUCCAAACAUACAGGGCCGCCAAAAUGGAUGGGAAGGGUGGAUACCAGACGUCGGGGUCGCAAAUCCGAUGGAUUUAGUCAUUGACCAUUUAGUCAUUGACCACACCGACCUCCCUACCAUACUCGAAGAGACUCAAGUACCGGAAGGCAUGCCGAGCACGAUAGCAAUGGAUGGGAUCUGCGCCGGCCAUGAUUUUGAAGCUAUGCUUGCGCUUGUUGCUGACAUGGGAGACACGGAACCGUUCCCUCCGCUUGGUUCGGCUGCGGAGAUUGAUGAUUUGUUGUUUGUACCACAGCCAAACACUCAUCCGGGUGCGCUUCUCCCUCUCCCAUCAUCACCGCCACCCGAACUAGAAACAGAUUGGCUCGCGGGCAACAGCUCGGACUUCCCUUUGUUCCCACCGUUUUUGGAGUCUACGCAACAGGUUGACCAGCUUGGCGCGCCCUCGGAACAUACUGAUGAGGUGCUUGAGCUCAUCACCAACACCUCCCCCCUGUCGGCGGCAGCUUCCCCUCCAAGUUCACUGAACCCUGGAGCUCUGGUUCCAGCCAAUUUGCAAUCAGAAAUGCAAGCCAUGGAGACAGCAAUGGAGAGAGGGGGCACAUUCGGCAUAUCAACCGGCAACAUAUCGGACCAGUUCCGAUGCGCAUUCGGAGUCUUUGACGGCAGUUUCGUCAGGACUCUGCUGGAACAGCUAACCCAGUCCGACAGGGUUGUGGGAGAGGAGGUCAUAAUAUACUUUGGAAGCAAGCUGGCUACGCUGCAUACUGCAUCUGAAACGUGGAUUGGCAGAAGAACCUCCUUACAGGAGUUGAGCCACAGCCGACGCCGGUUGCUGAUUAUGCUAUGGGGUAACAAUGAAUGCUCCCUGAUCGAGGUCCAGCCUCACAUCGGACGGUUGACACAUUACAAGUGUUCUCAGGCAGAUGAGUCAAUGGUGUCGCUGUCGAUGGAACACAGUACUUGCAGCGAUUGUAUAACGACUGCACAACAUGUCAAUGGCUUAUUGCGCCGGGAAGGGAAGCUAGUUCCCAGCUGGGAAUAUGUGGUACAGAAUAUACCGACGGAACUGGGGUAUGGCGCCCUCUGGCUUAUCUGGGUGACGCGGCUACGGGCCGAACGCGCGAGUCCGACGGAACCAGUUCCGGCCGGCUACCGGUUGACGCUAGCCCGCGAGGUCCUGCACGAUUUCAAGGCGAUGCAAAGUAGUGAUUCGGUCCUCAAGGCAGGAAUGCCUUCAAACACUCCCACUCAGCACGAGAUGUCAACAGUGAUCGAAGAUUUCUGGACGCAGUUCGGGAAUGAGAAUGGCUUCGGUACAAAGCUAUGGGAUACAGUACAACAGGUUUCGGCAAGAGUGAAUGCAAAAAGUAUGGAGCCCGUCGGGCUUGAACGCGCCAGCGAACUUGUUCAACUGGCCGUCAGCAUCGGCUCACCAGAUGUUCUUCUGGCACUUAAGGAUUGUCUCCGCCAGGUUCGGUCGCAAGUGCUUUCCGCAAACGCAUCAUACCCCGACACACCUUGGGGCACGUUUGAUGCCUUGCGCGGACACCAGCGGAAGGAACAUCUGUCCAUUAUCGGCGUCAGGCUUGGUAAUUGGAAGCUCCAACAGCUGAAGAGAGACCUUGACGGUGGUAUCGAUGAGGUUGUAGACCACGUUUUGAGUGCGAAACCUCCAUCGGCAUCUGCAAGCCGAAAAGAGAUCGCCGAGCGACUCAAGGACAAGAAAGCAAGCUACUGGUGUCACAUCGUCGACUACGUGGGUAACAAGGACCCAAACAUUCUCUGCCUACUCCCUCGCACUGUAACCAUUGGCCCUCCCCGCUGGCCCCGGAAGUUUAACGCUACUUCUUAUAGGGACCUUCCAGUUUGGGAGUGCAAACUGUUGGGGGAACUGUGCGCCGACCUACGACCACAAGUGUUACUGUCCGUGGAUGCGGAUCUAUCGAAGGAUCUGUUUUAUAUGAGAGAUCCCGCCGGCCAAUAUCGAAUUGAGACCUUAAGUGACGAGCAGAUUGAAGAACAGAAACUCAAUUCUGAUUUUUUGGUGGGUAUUUUGAAGAAAAUUCCUACAGAUUAA